AUGGCGGACUUUCAGGCUGCUGUGAAGCGCGUUUGCGAAGUCUUUAACGUCGCGUCGCUUUAUCCGGAGCAGGAAGAGUGCUUAAAGGCUAUAUGUGACGGUAAAAAUGUACAUGCAAGUCUUCCGACUGGAUAUGGCAAAUCUUUGAUUUUUUACGCGAUUCCAAUCAUCGCUGAUGUAAUGUUUGAUCGUCCUCGUGGAACAAGCAAGGUCAUCGUCAUCUCCCCUUUGAAGACAUUGAUGGAAGACCAGGUGCGAUAUUUAAAGUCCAUGAGUCUCUCGGCAGUGGCCCUUCAUGAUGAGCAAUCGGAGGAAAUUUUACAAAAUGUGGAAAGUGGUGCUUUCACCUACGUUUUUUUGUCGCCGGAAAGAAUGUUGAAUUCCAGCAGAUGGAGGAAACUCCUUUCCUCCGUCCACUAUAGAACGUUCCUGGCGUCAGUCGAAGACCUGAAGUGGAACUCUCAUGUUGAUUACAUUAUUAAGAAAGCUUGUAAGAAGUUAUACUCCCUUAGAGUUCUCCGCAGAGCCAGGGUGAGCCAACCCAACUUCUUGAGGAUAUACCUUAGAUCAGUCCAGCCAGUUUUAGAGUAUGCUGUACCAGUUUUGCAGGACAUCCCUGCUUACCUGUCCGAAGCCAUAGAGCGAGUGCAAAAAAGGGCGCUUAACAUGAUCUACUCCGAGGCAGAGUCAUAUGCUCAUGCCUUACAGUUAGGUAAACUAGAUAGGUUAGAUGAUAGAAGAGUACACUUGUGCUACAAAUAUAUGGCGAAAAUGAAGUCCCCCAGCCACCCUCUGCACUACCUACUUCCCAGCCGACUUUGGACGCGCCUAACUACACCUUAAGGCAUAAAACACAAAAGUAUUAUCUUUUCCGGAACAUGCAGGUCUGAAGAACAAAGAGAGUGGAGGACUUCUUUACUUUUAAAUAUUUUAAGUGAUUCAAUUGUUAUUAUCAUUGUUAUAACUGUAAAUUACUAUACUCUAGAUAAUAGUUGCCUUAAGAUUGUAAAAUGUACUCGAUAAUUCAGUUCUUUUUACUGCAAGAGAGUUUUAAUAAACUAUUCAUUUCAGUCAUCAUCGAUGAAGCUCAUUGUAUUAGUCAGUGGGGCCUUUCUUCGAAGUCCAAUCCAACGUCCAUUCCUUUUCGACAGUGGUAUGGAAAUUUAGGAGAGAUGUACUCCCUCAUUUCAAGUGAUGUAUCUACUGUCGUUUUCACCGCGACCGCGUCGAAGGCCACAAAGAAAGACAUAUUUAAAACUCUCAAUUUGAGCUAG